AUCAGACACAUUUAUUGAAAUGUACUGGUAAUCAAAUGUAUGUUUUAAACUUUUAUUAAUGUGAAAUCGAAUUAUAAUUUGUAUCUUUGAAGUGACCAAUAUAACAGGUGGUUACCAGGUGAUACGUUCUUAAUAUUAGUGAAUGCAGGCAUAGUGUAUACAUUAUAACAGUUAUUAUGUCCGAAAACACGAGUGUUGGACCAAGCAAUUUGCACGUUUUACCAAUAGCAGUUGCUGUAGGUACCAUAGCUGUAAUAGGAUUAGCAGUAAAAUUAUAUAAAUGUUGGAGCAGUGAUAAGAAAAAGAAGGCUCCAGUUUUACUGGUUAACCCAGUUUCUAAAUAUAGUUUACCAUUGAUUGAAAAAGACAUAAUAAGUCAUGAUACAAGAAGGUUUAGAUUUGGUUUGCCAACACCAAACCAUGUACUUGGAUUGCCAACUGGUCAACAUGUACACUUAACAGCAAAGAUUAGAGGUGAAUCUGUUAUACGUUCUUAUACACCUGUAUCAAGUGAUGAUGAUCAUGGUUAUGUAGAUCUUGUGAUUAAGGUGUACUUCAAAAAUGUACAUCCAAAAUUCCCCGAAGGAGGAAAACUGUCUCAACACUUAGAAAAUAUGAAGAUUGGGGAAACUAUUGAUUUUAGAGGACCUUCUGGUAGGCUUGUUUAUAAAGGUCAUGGAAAAUUUUCUAUAAAAAUUUUAAGAAAAGACCCACCUGCAGAAUAUACUGUUAAAAAGGUGGUAAUGUUAGCUGGUGGAACAGGAAUCACACCAAUGCUGCAAUUAAUUCGUGCUAUAAUAAAGGACCCCACAGAUGAGACCCAAACUUCUCUACUUUUUGCCAAUCAAACUGAAAAAGACAUAUUACUUCGAAAUGAGUUAGAUGAUAUUGCUAAGAAUCAUCUCGAUAAAUUGAAACUCUGGUAUACAGUAGAUACCGGUAGUGAAAAUUGGUCAUAUAGUACCGGACAUAUAAACGCCGCUAUGAUAAAGGACCACAUGUUCCCGCCAUCACCCGAUACAAUCGUACUUAUGUGCGGUCCACCUCCAAUGAUUAAUUUUGCUUGUCAUCCUAACCUUGACAAACUUGGUUAUGAUGCAAAAUUACGAUUCGCGUAUUAAAGCAACAAAUUAAUUUUUUGUUGCACUGAUGCGUAGAUUGCAUUUGAUCUAUUAGUUCAUCCUAUCGUUAAAUAAUAUCCAUGAAUUUAGUUUCUUC